ACUUAUCCAAAAUUCUCUCCUAUUUCUAGCACAAGUAUUAGCAGAUACGGCUUACUCUAUCCUUCCUCCACUACUAUAUAUACUUAACUUCCCAAGGUGCUUUUGCAUCAUAUGUAACCCUUUAAUCUUUAUUAAUCACUGCUUAUCUUUUCAAUAAGCUCUUCCAAAGGCAAGAAGAUGGCCAGAAUCUCUAUCCCUUUACUGGGAUUGUUUCUAGUAUUAUGCUGUUUUGCUGCAGCAGAUGCAGAGUACUUGAAAUAUAAAGAUCCAAGUCAGCCAUUGAAUGUUCGUAUAAGGGAUGUGAUGAAGAGGAUGACACUCGCAGAGAAGAUAGGUCAAAUGGUGCAAUUAGACCGAUCUGUUGUAACUCCUGAAAUAAUGAGGGAUUACUCCAUUGGUAGUAUACUAAGUGGUGGAGGGAGUGUGCCAAAGGAACAGGCCACUCCACAAGAGUGGAUUGAUAUGGUUAAUAGUUUUCAAAAUGGUUCUCUUUCUAGCCGUCUUGGUAUUCCUAUGAUAUAUGGUAUUGAUGCCGUUCAUGGCCACAACAACGUCUACAAGGCCACACUAUUUCCACAUAAUGUGGGUCUUGGAGCCACAAGGGAUCCUGAACUGGUGAAGAGAAUUGGUGCUGCAACUGCUCUUGAAGUUAGAGCUACUGGCAUUAAUUAUGUCUUCGCUCCAUGCAUUGCGGUUUGCAGAGAUCCAAGAUGGGGUAGGUGCUUUGAGAGCUACAGUGAGAACCCCAGCGUAGUUAAGUCAAUGACAGAGAUUAUACCUGGACUACAAGGCGAUUCUCCGAAUAAGGGUGUUCCUUAUGUGGGUGGAAAUGAUAAAGUGGCGGCCUGCGCAAAGCACUUUGUUGGCGAUGGAGGCACGACUAAAGGCAUCAAUGAGAACAAUACUGUGAUUGAUUACCAUGGAUUGCUAAGCAUUCACAUGCCAGGUUAUUUGCAUUCUGUUAUCAAAGGUGUUUCGACAGUCAUGGUUUCCUACUCAAGCUGGAACGGAAUAAAGAUGCAUGCUAAUCGUGACCUUGUCACAGGGUUUCUCAAGGAAACCCUUAACUUCAGGGGAUUUGUCAUAUCAGAUUGGCAGGGUAUAGAUAGGAUUACUUCACCUGCUCAUGCAAACUAUUCAUACUCAGUUCUGAAAGGAGUUUCAGCAGGAAUCGACAUGGUCAUGGUUCCGUUCAAUCACACUGACUUCAUAGAUAUCCUGACCGGCUUUGUCAAGAACAAUGUCAUUCCCAUGAGUCGUAUUAAUGAUGCUGUUAGAAGGAUUUUGAGAGUGAAAUUCGCUAUGGGUCUAUUUGAGAAUUCCUUGGCUGAUCAGAGCUUUGUACACCAUCUUGGAAGCCAGGCUCAUAGAGAUUUAGCAAGGGAAGCUGUAAGGAAGUCACUUGUCCUUUUAAAGAAUGGACAGAAUGCGGAUACUCCAUUGCUACCUCUCUCCAAAAAAGCAGGCAGGAUUCUGGUAGCCGGAACACAUGCCAACAAUUUGGGUUAUCAAUGUGGUGGUUGGACUCUCACUUGGCAGGGACUUGGCGGCAACAACAACACCGUUGGAACCACAAUUUUGAAUGCCAUAUCAACUGCUGUUGAUACCAGCACAGAGAUCGUCUACAGCGAAGACCCUGAUGCUGAUUUUGUCAAGGCGAACAAUUUCUCCUACGCCAUUGUUGUUGUGGGUGAACUCCCUUACGCUGAGACCUUCGGUGACAGGUUGAACCUGACCAUUGCUGAACCAGGCCCUACCGUGAUUACCAACGUCUGCGGCAGCGUGAAGUGCGUUGUGGUUGUAGUUUCGGGGCGGCCUCUAGUGAUCGAGCCUCACAUUUCUCCAAUUGAUGCCCUUGUUGCUGCAUGGCUGCCAGGAAGUGAAGGCCAAGGAGUUGCUGAUGUGCUUUUCGGAGAUUAUGGAUUUACGGGGAAGCUGCCUCGCACUUGGUUUAAGUAUGUAGAUCAACUUCCAAUGAACGUUGGCGAUGCUCAUUAUGAUCCUCUCUUCCCCUAUGGCUUUGGCCUCACAACAGAACCUACAAAACAAAACUAGAAGGGAGAAAAAAAGAAAAAAAACUAACUUGCCAAGCUCAAGUAGUGUUACAUAGAAUUUCUUUUUCCUUAGCUCUCGGAGAUAGAAAUAUGCCAUAAACUUUUCUGAGUAUGAAUUUUUCUUAGAUUUUCGUAAUAGGAAGUUUGGAUUGUUAGGGAUUUUGAUUCUUAUUUAUUUCUUUAUCUUUCUUUUCCGGUUCCAAUCUAAUUAUGAGAUUAGAAAUAAUGGUGUUAUUGCUGUCUAUAUAAAAUUGUUUUUAAAGUCUUACGUAUUAA